GUGGACACAAAUCUAUAAUAAAAGACUUCUUCCAAAAAACGCGAGUGAUUAUGUCUCACUGCAGUUCAAGUUCCUUCUGUAACUUCACAUGAGUGCAAAACACGCUUCUAAAUCAGAUCAUGUGGAGUGCUGAUGAAAUCGCCAGACUGUGUUAUGAUCACUUUAAUAAACUGCCCAAGAGAGGAAAACCAGAAGCCGGCAGAGAGUGGACUCUACUGGCAGCAGUAGUUCAACUGACUGUCAGUCCACAAAGCGAGACAUUUCACAAACAGGUUGUGUCUUUGGGAACGGGCACCAAAUGCAUCGGCCAGUCUGCCAUGAGUGUGAAGGGUGAUAUUCUGAAUGACAGUCAUGCAGAGGUUAUUGCGAGGAGGGGGUGUGUCAGGUAUCUGAUGGAGCAGUUGUACAGGGCUGUGAGCGGUCAGGAUUCUGCUGUGUUCUGUCCAGGAUAUGAGAAGGGGAAAUGGACGGUUAAACCUGAUGUUUCUUUCAUUUUCUUCACCAGUCAAACACCCUGUGGUGAUGCCUCCAUCUUUCCAAUGACUGGCAGUCAAGUGCAGCCCUGUGAACCGGUAAAAGAGUCCCUGCACACAGAACCCGAGAGACGCAGCCUUAAACGCCCGGCUGAGAGGGACCUGGAAGACACCCACAAGUGUCCCAGAAUAAACACAAGAGACGCCUUUUCCACCUCUAGAGAAACAGUGGACAGUGAUGAACGUAAAGUUACGACAGGCGCUAAAGACAGCACCAACUCGCCUGACCUCCACCGCACCGGGGCGAAGUGUGUCCCUGAUGGGCCAAGUGACCCGCUGCAGCCCGGGUUACUCUACCACAGUGUUGGGGUGCUGCGGGUGAAGCCAGGGCGUGGUGAGCGCACACUCUCUCACUCCUGCAGUGAUAAACUUGCCCGUUGGGGCGUUGUGGGCUUUCAGGGUGCCCUGCUGUCUCAUUACCUGCAGGGGGCGAUGUACUUCAGCGCUGUGGUGGUGGGGAAGUGUCUGUACAGUCAGCAGGCCAUGCACAGAGCCUUACACACACGGUGUGCUCAUGUGUCUGAUCUGCCAUCUGGUUUCUCCGUACAGAGUCCAGAACUCCUGCUGUCCAGUCUAGAGUUUACCCAUAAUCACACACACACUGAGACCAAACACACACACACGCAGGGCAGAAUAUCACCCUGCGGGGCAGCUAUCAGCUGGUGUGCCGUAUCCCAGCAGCCUCUAGACGUCUCUGCCAAUGGCUACAAGCAGGGAGUGACUAAGAAAGCUUUGGGCAGUGCGCAAGCCAGGUCUUUAAUCAGUAAGGUGGAGCUUUUUCACACAUUUCUGAGACUGGUUGCAGUAACGGAAGAAAGUGAACUGCCUGAAUCUCUUCGAAGUGGAGGAGAGUUGAGGACGUACUGGGACUUCAAGCAGGCCGCAGCAUCGUAUCAGCAGGCCUGGACGCAGCUGCGACUGCAGGCUUUCUCGCAGUGGAGCCGCAGCCCACGAGAACUGCUGCUGUUUCAUUAACACCACAGAUACAGUGCAUUCAGAAUGUAUUCAGACCCCUUCAUUUUUUUCACAUUUUGUUAUUUUGCAGCCUUAUGCUAAAAUGCUGUAAAAAAAAAAAAAAAAAAAAAAAAAAAAUUCACAUCAAUCUUAACUCUAUACCCCAUAAUGACAAAGCAAAAACCAGAUUUUUGAUAACUUUGCAAAUUUAUAAAAAAAAAAAAACUGAAAUAUCACAUUGAAAUAAGUAUUCAGACUCUUAACUCAGUACUUAGUUGAAGCACCUUUGGCAGCGAUUACAGCCUCAAGUCUUUUUGGGUAUGAUGCGACAAGCUUUGCACACCUGGAUUUGGGGAUUUUCUGCCAUUCUUCUCUGCAGAUCCUCUCUAGCUCUCUCAGGUUGGAUGGGGUUCGUCGGUGCACAGCCAUUUUCAGGUCUCUCCAGAGAUGUUCGAUUGGUUUCAAGUCCAGUCUCUGGCUGGGCCACUCAAGGACAUUCACAGAGUUGUCCCUAAGCCACUCUGGCAUAGUCUUGGCUGGGUCAUUGUCCUGUUGGAAUGUGAACCUUCAGCCCAGUCUGAGGUCCUGAGCGCUCUGGACCAGGUUUUCAUGAAGGAUAUCUCUGUAUUUUCUGCGUUCAGCUUUCCUUCAACCCUGACCAGUUCCCCAGUCCUUGCCACUGAAAAACACCCGCACAGCAUGAUGCAACCACCACCAUGCUUCACCAUUGGGAUGGUAUUGCACAGGUGAUGAGCGGUGCCUGGUUUCCUCCAGACUUGAUACUUGGAAUUGAGGCCAAACAGUUCAAUCUUCUUUUCAUCAGACCAGAGAAUCUUGUUUCUCACAGUCUGAGAGUCCUUUAGGUGCUUUUUGUGUCUUGCACUGAAGAGAGGCUUUCGUCUGGCCACUCUGCCAUAAAGCCCAGAUCGGUGGAGUGUUGCAGUGAUGGUUGUCCUUUUGCAAGUUUCUCCCAUCUCCACACAUGAUCUCUGGAGCUCAACCAGAGUGACUAUCGGGUUCUUGGUCACCUCUCUUACUCAAUUGCUCAGUUUGGCCAGGUGGCCAGCUUUAGGAAGAGUCCUGGUUGUUCCAAUCUUCUUCCAUUUAAGAAUUAUGGAGGCCACUGUGCUCUUGGGAACCUUCAAUGUAGCCAAUUUUUUUUUGUAGCCUUCCUCAGAUCUGUGCCUCAACACAAUCCUGUCUCUGAGCUCUGCAGGCAGUUCCUUUGACCUCAUGGCUUGGUUUUUGCUCUGAUAUGCAUUUUCAGCUGAGAGACCUUAUGUAGACAGGUGUGUGCCUUUCCAAAUCAUGUCCAAUCAAUUGAAUUUGCCACAGGUGGACUCCAAUCAAAGUGUAGAAACAUCUCAAAGAUGAUCCAGAGAAAUGGGAUGCAACUGAGCUAAAUUUCAAGUGUUUUAAUGCUUACGUCAAUGUGAUAUUUCAGUUUUUUCUUUUUAAUAAAUUUGCAAAGUUAUCAAAAAUCUGGUUUUUGCUUUUAUGUUAUGGAGUAUGGAGUGUAGAUUGAUGUAAAAAAAAUAAAGCAUUUUAGCAUAAGGCUGCAACAUAAAAUGUGAAAAAAAAAAAAAAACAAAAGGGUCUGAAUGCACUGUAUAUGACAUGUAAUGGAUAACAAAAUGGACAUACUCUUUAGAGGCCAUCAAUGUUUACCAAGGCCAUAAAGGUCAUAUCACUGUUGCUGCUGGUUAAGAAGUGAUAAGUAAUGUU